AUGGAUCUGGUCGAAGGCCUACCACCGUCAUGCUACUAUGUUCCCAGUUUCAUUACCCCGUCGGAGGAGGAGCACAUCCUCAACGCCAUUCACAAGCUGCCCGAGUCACGGUGGACUGUCCUAAGCCAUCGGCGUCUGUUGUCCCUACCCUCCACCUUGACCGGUUCUGCCCGUGAUACUCUCCUUGCUGCCCCCAUGCCAGCUUUCCUCGAUGCGAUAGUCACCCGUCUCCAACAAGGCCAAUAUUUUGAGACUUCUACACACAAGGCCCCAAACCACGUCCUGAUCAACGAGUACAAACCAGGAGAAGGAAUCAUGCCUCAUGAAGAUGGGCCUGCAUACGACCCUAUCACUGCGACAGUGAGCCUGGGCAGUCAUACUGUACUCGAGGUCUACAAGAAGAAUGAAGGCGGCGAACGAGAAGUGAAGCCCACAUGGCGAAUCUUGCAGGAGCCUCGCAGUCUGCUGGUGACCACGGGCGAAAUGUACGUCACCACACUGCACGGCAUUUCUGAGAUCCAGAUGGACGAGGAUCUGGACACCAAACAGAUCAUCAAUUGGCAUCUUCUCGGAGACCGACGACCGUAUAACACCGGACAAGCUCGGCGGCAAACGCGCAUCAGUCUCACCUUACGUGACGUGAUCAAGGUUGCCAACCUAGGGGGUGCUUUGAAAUUCAUGAACAAAAGGCCAUAA